AUGGUGAUCGAAGACGAAUACACAGGGCAAAUAAACACGGAACACAUUAACACAGACAUAAUUCAACUUACAGUAAGACCAAGAGAGGCAAUAGUAAAGGAACGCAGGGAAGGUAUUCCGAAUCACGAUGUAAUCAGGGACAGUGAUUUCGGCACCGAGGAUGAGCAGGGAGGGAUUAGAGUGAAAAAGAGAAAAAAAGAUUCAGAUGCGCUAAAUGCGGCAAGGACAGUAAAUCUGGGAAUAAGCCAAGAUGUGGCGAUACAAUAUGAUAAGCAAGUCCGCAGCUUAGGCAAAAGGCAAAAUGAGAUAAUCACAGGGGAAACGGUGAAGAAGAAAAUCGCAGUUGCGGUGAUAAGAGAUUUGCAGAAUGUGAAAACAGGAUACCAGGAAUUAGUUGAUGAGCUAGUACUGGGUAGACUCUGGGAAGCUAGAGCGUCUGAUUAA